AUGGCCCAUACGUACUUUGCCAUUGUCGAGGGUGUACAGUAUUACCGUGAUGCCAGAGUCACGAGACCAGAUGCGUACCCUAAUUUGAAUUCAGACAACGAGCUCAACGACAUCCGCCCCUCGGCCUCGGAGGAGAUUGACGCGAUAUGGGAGGAGAUGUUUAUUAAAGGCCGGAUGCUGCCGUGCAGGAUGAUGGACUUGGGCCUCGACACUGUCGCCUGCAUCGAACAACAUUACAUCCACGAACGGGGCCUCUCACCCGAACAGACAGUCGACUACCUGACCACAAACUACGUCUCCACAGGCAAACUAGGCGCGAAAUGCGCCCAGGGCGGGUUCUACCUCUCACCCUCUACGACCACUAGCAAGGACGAACGCCGCCUCGCUGUCAAGACCUGA